AUGGAGACAAUCGUGCAAUCUUCUUUGUCGGAAGUCGAGUCCAAGCUCAAUGCUCUCCUCACCACCCUCACCACCUCCCCCACUGCAGCAGGAGCGCCCGCUGCUGCAGUCGCUUUACUCGAAGCUGAUGAUAACCUAUCGGCCGCCAUUACAACCCUCCGGCAACACCAAGAAAAUUAUGCAAGGAUCCUACAACUUCGAGCCGAGGCCGAAAGGCUAGAAGAUCGCGUGAAGGGGAUUGUGAGAGAUGUGGAAGAAUUCGACAAGGAGAUCCGUGCAGCCUGUGGCGACGACGACGACGAUAGUGACAGUGAACUCGAUUCCGACGACGACGACGAGGCCACCCGAAAGCCAUCGCGCAAGGAAAUUGAUUACAAACUUCUCCUCGACUUUGCCCGCCGAAUCAGCAAAUACAAUCACGAAGCCGCCGCCGAUGCUGCAAACAGCGACUCCAACCCUGAAAAACGACAAGUGUCGCGACCGCGGAUACUAGAAAAGGACGUGGCAAUGGCGGGUACUAAUGGAGAACCGGCCCCGGACGGCGCAGAACCAGUCUCAUCGGUGACCAAGAACGCGACGCAAUGGCUCGAUGACUCCGCCCAUGUCACGCGCGAAGUGUAUAUGCUACCAUACCCGAUGGAGGAACGUAUAAGAAUGGGCUUGAUGGCUCAGGUUCAGCUUGCAGCGGGUGAUGACCCAGAUAAAGAGGUGGAGCGAUUGAUUCGCGAAGCGGAGGGUCUUGGAGCUGCGGAACCUCCUGCGCCUGCUCCGCCAGUGGAUACCAGACAAGAGGAGGCCGCCAACGCGGCUGUUCAAGCUGCGUCGACGGUGACUGCUGCGGUACGGGCACCGGCGCCAGGCUUUGCCCCGGCACCGAGGCCAAAACCAAGUGCGACGCUGGAUCUUGACCUCUACGACCCCGAUGACGAUGACAUGUAA